UGUGAUCGUGGAUUUGGAGACGCACAGCAUGUCCUCUGUGGGGUAGUGAGGCUCUGACUGACACGCUUUAACUGAUACGCGUGUUUGACACGGACUGCAUUAAUAUUACUUAAUGAGCACUUAUUAUAAUAUACAACAAUCAUACAUGGAGGUGAAAGCAGAAUGUGUUUCUGCGUUGAUUAUUCACUAGUAGUAUCACCUGCCGGUGUCGUGCCAAACUAGGUUCAUACUACGGAUUUCCCUGGAAACUACCCCGGAUAUGACGACACUUGGAACGUGGAGAAAUUUCAAAAGAACUUCAGAAUCGAUGUCGUGCAUCUGGAUGAAAACAGUAUGGAGUUCGACAUGGUGGGGAUUGAUGCAGCCAUUGCCAAUGCCUUCAGAAGGAUCUUACUGGCAGAGGUGCCUACUAUGGCUACAGAAAAGGUGUUCAUCUAUAGUAAUACCUCCAUUGUCCAAGACGAAGUCCUGGCCCACAGAUUAGGCCUCAUCCCCAUCAAAGCUGACCCUCGUCUGUUUGAGUACAGAAACACUGGGGAGGAGUCUGCAGAGGAAGAGGGUUCAGAAAUAGACACAAUUCAACUGCAGCUGAAGAUUAAGUGCAGCAGGAAUCCCAGAGCAAGCAAAGACUCAUCAGACCCACGAGAGCUGUACUUAAACCACAUGGUUUAUUCCAAGGACAUAAAGUGGGUCCCCAUCGGGAACCAGGCAGACGUGUUUGCAGACUGCUGUAUUGGGCCUGUGCAUGAUGACAUUCUGAUAGCUCAGCUACGACCGGGACAAGAGCUGGACAUUGUCAUGCACUGUGUCAAAGGAAUUGGCAAAGACCAUGCCAAGUUCUCCCCAGUGGCCACAGCGAGUUACCGCCUCCUCCCAGAGAUCACCCUCCUGGAGGUGGUGGAGGGAGAGAAGGCGGAGCGAUUAAAACAGUGCUUCUCACGAGGAGUUAUAGACCUGGAAGAUAUUAAUGGGACAAAGGUUGCCAAAGUUGUGAACAGUCGCCUGGACACAUGCAGCCGGGAAGUCCUCCGACACAGUGACCUGAAGAAUGUGGUGAAGCUUGGACGAGUGCGAGACCAUUUCAUCUUUACAGUGGAAUCCACCGGGAUCCUGCCUCCAGACGUCUUAGUCACAGAGGCGAUUAAGGUCCUCGUGGCUAAAUGUCAGAGGUUUCUCAAUGAACUGGACUCGACUGCUAUGGAAUGAAAGGAUGACUGAGCAGCCCGUCAGACCUCGGACGGUUCUUACUAUGCUGUCAGUGGAAUGACUGUGUUCAAAUAUUCUAUACUGAUAAAGAGUACACAGAAAUUUCAAAAUGCAGGUGUUUUGUUGGUAUCAUCUGAGUAUGUAUAUACAGCUUUGUCUGGUAUUUUGUAUACUUUCCAUUAAACAAAUGUUGAAUUGAA